AAACUGUGAAGGAUUUUGAUAAUAAACACGGUUUAGUGAGAAAAUAAGUAUUUUUAUCUAUUUAUUUUAUCAUGGCUAUAGUAGAAGACGAGGUUAGAAAUGAAUCGGAAGAAGAAAAUGAGAUAGAAGUGGUGGAAGAAGAUGACGGCGACCGAGAUUCAGACGAUUCGGAGGAUGAGGAGUAUGAUGAUGUUCUUGAGAGAAAAAUUGCUGAGCUAGAACAGCGCAUUGCUGAAUAUCCAUACAAUUAUGAUGACCAUAUAGAAUUGAUACAGGUUUUAUGGUAAUUUUUUAACUACCUAAGGUAUAAUUUGGAAUAUCUAUAGUAAUUAAAGUAAGCCUAUUUGAGCUACUAUUAUACAUACCUACAUUAAAGUCUAUACACAAUCAUUAUAAAGUUUCACAAUCACUGUUAAUUGAUGUUAGUAUACAUAUUUUUAUUAAGGGAACUAUCGGAGCUUGAUCGUUGGCGGAGUGCAUUUGAUCGGCUGCAACAAGUGGCAGUGUUGCAGCCCGAGCAUUGGUUGCGGCGACUGCAGACAGAAGUUACCCUGGCACACUCUGAAGAGGCACGAACACAUAUUGCAGAAUUGUUUCAACAAGCUACUCUGGAUUGUUACUCCAUUCCGAUCCUGAGUGAAUGGUGCACUUGGUCUAUAAGUAGUGGAGACACUGAUGCAGCUCGCACCCAUAUUGAUGAAGUGUUGCGUCGAGCUGGCGCCGAUCCCCUCUCAGGCAAAAUUUUUUGGGACGCUAAAUUGGAGUUAGAGAAAGCACAGCUUGAGACUAUGAGUGAGGAAAAUCCUGAAUAUAAAGCUCAACAAGAGCGCGUGCUAUUUUGCCUCGAGGAGACAGUGUCGAGGCCUCUGCUUCGUAGUGACGAGGCGUGGCAGCCGCUGGAAGAGCUAGCGGCAUCUUUGCACGACCAGAAGUACGUCGACAAGGUAAAAAAACAACAUGAGGCUGCAUUGGAUUAUUUGCAAAAAAUAACAUCAUUUGAGGACAAGUUGUUGACUAUUGAUUUAUGUUUAAUUGUCCUAAAUUGCAGAAAUCAAGAAGAUAAAUACAAGUUGUAUCAAGAGUAUAUAGAUACAGUUAAAGAAUUGUCUCAAGACGAAAAAUAUGGAGAAUGUGAUAGCGACGGUAUAUUGAAGGUGCUAUACGAUCGUGCUACUACAGAAUGCUCGUCAUGUUCGGGCGUGUACAGUUUGUUGCAUUCGUUCGCUCAACACGUGCACCGUUGUUCAUCGCGUACUACGUAUUGUCGCGUGCUGGACGCCUGCACGAGACGAUGCCCUCGACGAUAUACUUUCUGGACAAUGAAAAUGCAACAAGCCGAACACGAGAAGAAGUCCUUCGAUGAGGUAAAGGCUAUAUUCGAGAAGGCAAUAUCUAAAGGCAUGGAGACUUACAAAGACGCAGAGAUGCUGUGGCUCAGUUACUUGGAGUACGUGAGACGACAGACUAGCUUCGACAAUGAUGACGACGUACAGAAACUGAGACAGACGUUUAGGUUGGCUUGGGACUCGCUUGCCGAGGCUUGGGGUGAAGAAGCGAACGAUUGUGAGGUUCCGUUGUAUUGGGCACGUCUCGAGUAUCGACGUAUGAAUGACCCCAAGCAGGGUAAAGAGAUCUUCGAGGAAAUAUUCAAAUACGGUGAGAACAAAACUCUAUGUAAGUACUGGGAGGCUUUCAUACACAUGGAAUGUGAUCGUAAGCCGCCAAUGUCCGAGAACAAACGUAGGGAUUUAUAUCGUCGCGCACUACGGUUCGUAGCGGACUACCCGCCCGCCGUAACGCGGCUGUGGACCGACUACGAGCGCGACUACGGGUCACUGGACACAGCGAGGGAGUGCUACGACGCUUGCGAGGUUAAGUUGAAGGAGUGGAAGGAAACUUACCAAGCGAUGAAGGACAAAAUGAUCGGAAAGAAACAGAAAGGCAAACAGACAGACAAGAAGGGGAAAUUCGAUAAGAAGAAAAAGAAGAAAGAUGAUGAGCAGCCGAAGAACAAGAAUAAGCGAAAGUCUGACGAAAACGUUGAAGGCACUGAAACAAAGAGGAAAAGGGACAACGAUAUGGAAGUUGAGGAGAGUGGGGAGAAGGAAUUUGUGGAGGAGCAAUCGGGUAGCGGACGGAAAAGGACCCACGAUGAAGACAAUAACGAAGACGCAGAAACGAAACGCCAAAAGACUGAGUCAUCAAGCGGGCGAUCAGUGGGCACAAGAGACGCUUGCACACUUUUUGUCAGCAAUUUGGACUUCAAAGUGGACGAGCAAAAAUUGCGUGAUAUUUUAUCUAAAUUCGGUGACAUUGUGUCGUUGAGAGUGAAGAGCGGCAACAAGGCGUUCGGCGGAUCUAUUUGUUACUGUCAAUACAAGACACCUGCUUGCGUAGAGGAAGCUCUGAAGCACGACCGUACACCUUUAGAAGGGCGGCCGAUGUUCUUCUCACGAUAUUCGGCGAAGAAAGUGAAGGCUACCUUCAAAUAUUCGACGGAAGCGGAGAAGAACAAAUUGUUUAUAAAGAAUCUGCCAUACUCGCACUGUGCUAAGGAGCCCCUCACCGAUAUAUUUGAUAAAUAUGGCAAACUGAAGGAUGUCAGGAUUGUCACAUUCAAGGACGGUAACCCGAAAGGUUUAGCUUACGUCGAGUACGAAGACGACGAUGCAGCAUCGAAAGCGAUCGCAGCCACCAACGGUUUGUUGAUCGGUGACCGGCAUAUAGAAGUAGCGGUCAGUCAACCACCGCCCAAAUCUGGUGCCACACCUACCCUCGGACUGCCCAAACGUGAACAGGGACAGGGCAUGCGACGGACGCAGCUCAGCAGUUUCAUCCCAAGCGUGUUACAAAAGCCUGUCGCUAGCACGUCGACAGCUAACGGGCACAAUGAUGCCGAGAAACGGCCUCUAUCCAACACAGACUUUAGAAACUUACUGCUCAAGAAGUAG